GCCAUCGUAUGCGACAGAACGGCCUGAACUGGAGCAACAGCCAAAAGAAUCAGCAUCCUGGACGGUCAAAGCCAGAAAAGCCACUUGUUGUGCAUAUACAUUUACCAAAAUAACAAAAGAGUUGCUGCAGAUUUCCAGAAUCUGAUCUGUUAUUCCCCACCAUGACACAACUUCCUUGUAUGCAAUCGAUGCAGAGACGCCGCUCAAUCCUGCAGAGCUGGCAGUCCUGCGGGCGCAGUAUGAGAAGGAGGGCGAUAUGGUAGGCGUUCAGACCAAGUUCAACUAUGCUUGGGGCCUCGUAAAAUCGAAUACACGCACCGACCAGCAUCUCGGAGUGAUGCUUCUCUCGGAAAUUUUCAGAACAUCACCGGAACGACGCCGAGAAUGUCUUUACUAUCUUGCACUGGGUAACUACAAACUCGGCAACUACGGCGAGGCGCGGAAAUACAACGAUCUACUCCUUGAGAAGGAGCCAGGGAAUCUGCAGGCCACGAAUUUGCGGUCCCUGAUCGAUGACAAAGUGGCUAAAGAGGGACUCAUGGGCGUGGCCAUCGUGAGUGGAGUGGCGGUCGCGGCCGGCAUUAUCGGCGGUGUGCUGCUAAGGAAUCUGGGCCGGAAGCGAUGAGUCUCUCCGCGCGAAAUGAGGUUGUAUGACGCUGGCUAAUGAGCAUAUCGAGCUUCAUGGGGCGGACAAUGUAUCUGUAUAUGGAGGGCGGAGUCAUUCAUGGCUUACUGGCUUCUCCUUUUUGGCAUAAGGGAGCGAAACAACGAUACCACUCUUCACGAUACUUUCAGGUGCACAAGAGGAAGUUCAUUGGGCUCUACCCAGGCACGCUGUCUGCCUCGCGUGAUGCCUGAGUCUGCAGGCAGACGGAGGUGGGAGCUAAAGGGCGCCGGCCAUUGGAGCCCUGAGAUUGAGGCUGAUAUGCAUUGCCGAUGGAUCGCUUCAAGGCGGAGACUGCAGGUUGGGCAUUCUCGGAGACGUACGGACAGUACAUAAAGCCAGGGCCUGCCCAACCUUGACUCAAUAUUAGACAAUGAGAUGGAUCAUGCUGCAGG